UUCAAAUUACAUAUUCAGUGUGCACUAAACCAUUGAGCAGCAUGGAACGUUGGCUGGAUAAGGUGGCAAUCGUUACGGGUGCUAGUUCAGGAAUCGGAGCCGCAACCGCAAAGAAAUUAGCCAAGAACGGACUGAUUACGGUAGGUCUUGCAAGACGUAACAAUUGGGUGGAUCAGCUAAAAGCGCAACUUGACUCGGAAGCGGCAUCCAGGUUACACGCAUUUCCCUGUGACAUUUCCAGUGAGCAGCAGAUUCUGCAAGCUUUUGAGUUUGUCGAGAAAAAAUUCGGCGGAGUUGACAUUUUGGUGAACAAUGCCGGAACUUACGAGAAGGUAAAUUUGCUGGAAACAGGUAAUACUGACGCUUUGCGUCGUUCUUUAGAUGUCAAUGUGCUGGGUCUGGCUAUAUGCAGCCGGGAAGCGUUCCAAUCGAUGAAAAAGAGGGCCGUGAAUGGACAUAUCAUACAUAUUAAUAGUAUUGAAGGGCACAAGGUACCUUUCUAUCCGGGAGCUAACCUGUACCCAGCCAGUAAACAUGCAGUAACAGCACUCACCGAAACCAUGAGGAUCCAGCUACAACAAGGUGGAACAAAGAUCAAAGUCACGAGCAUCAGUCCUGGUUUUGUGAGGACACCGAUGGUACAGUUGUGUGACACCUACAAUAAUCUACAGGUUGACACAAUGCCUAUGCUCGAACCGGAGGAUAUUGCGGAUGGCAUAGUCUACGCUUUGAGUACACCACCGCAUGUUCAGAUUCAUGAACUCACGAUUAAGCCCGUUGGGGAAAUGGUUUAGGCGAAGUCGAGUUUGGCUUCUAAAUAAAAAUAAAUAAAUAAUUGAUUAGUUCGAA